CUAAUAACAACAUUGAGUCUGUUCAUCAAAAUAUACAAAAGAAUGAUGAUAGCGGAGCUAAUGACUCGACACUUAAAAUCGCACCUUUAAUAGAAUCGAUGAAAAAAUUAUCGAUAUCAGUUAAUGAUCAGGGUACAGAAACA